CAAUCCAAAUUGAGAGAAAGUUUCAUAAAAUAUACACAAGAAAUAAAAUUGAUAAUAUGGUGUGAAGUUUGAGCUUUUCCUUUCCUUUAUAACCUUGAAAGGUCAAAAGAUGUUGUCAUCUCUUAUCUUUCUCCAUUUUAAAUUUCUGGAGCCAAACCUUAAUAUUCCUAUAACAUUCAUCACCACACUAUAAGCAGGAGGAGCUUGGUUGUUCAUCUUUAUCUUCAUCAUUGACGAAGAACACGAAGAGGUGAGAGAUGAAUUGGAGAACAAUGGGGUUUGAAAGUUUGAACCUUUUGGGAUGUUUGGAUUGUGUGUGUUUCUGGGAUCUUCUCGGAGUGAACAUGUAAAUGCGUGGUUCUAGGUUUUGAGAAUGAGUGAAUGUUGUUUUGUUAAUCAGAAUUGACAUUAAAAAAACAAAAAAGGAAGGAUUUUUAGGGUUUCAAUUGAAGCGUCGUAAAGGAUGACUAGUAUCCAGCCUCUACAACAAAAAUCAGAGUCUAGGGAUGAUGUUCGUACCGAGUUUGAGCGUGGUUUGGAGGAAUUCAUGCGUGGGCACUUGGACGAGUGUAUCUCUUUUGGGUCUUGUAGUUCUGUUCACAAUCCAGAUGAUGAGGAUGAGGAAGGUGAUCAGCUUGUGAGGAGGAGACGAAGGUCUGAACUUGAAGGUGACAAUUUGGCUGAAUCAUCUGCUGCUCAAAGGCGUCAUUCUCAGAUUUUGAGCCGAUGGGCUGCAAGGCAGGCUCAGGAGAUGAUUACUACUAUUGAGAGGAGGAACCGUGAGUCUGAGUUGAUUGCUUUGGCUGGUUUGCAAACUGUCUCUAUGCUCGAUUCGUCUUUCCUUAGGGAGUCUCAGUCUCCAUCUUCAAGGCGUCAGGGUGCUGCGAGUGAGAGGCCUAACACUCAGGCAUCUGGAAUUUUGCAGAUGUGGAGGGAAUUAGAAGAUGAGCAUGUGCUUAACAGGGCACGUGAAAGGGUUAGGGAAAGAUUGAGGCAGCAACGGAGUGUUGAGUCUAAUACUAAUUUGUCUGUCUCUACUGCGUCGGAGAGUCAGGUGAGUGAAAACAAUGGGGCUCUGAGAGACUCGAGUGAGAGUGAGAAUGAUUAUGGAUCCUGGUCGCAUGAUCGAAAUGAGCAUGGGGAUAAUAAUAAUUCUUCCAGUAGGGAACAGUCUCCUGAUCUUGGUGAUAGCGAGAGGGAGAGGGUGAGGCAUAUCGUUCGUGGAUGGAUGGAUAGUAGAACUAACGAUCAUUCAUCUAAUGUAAGACAGAGAGACGGUAAUCACAGAGCAGAGUGGCUGGGUGAUACUGAACGGCAAAGAGUCAGGAUUAUAAGGGAGUGGAUGCAAAUGACAAGUCAGCAGAGAGGAGGAGGAGGACCUCGUGCAACACCAAGAGAAGAACAAAGGUCUAGUUCAGAAGUUGAUAGGAACCAAAAUCAUGACACUGCACAAGUUGACAGGGUCCGUGUAGGGUCAGCUGUUAACCAUGAAGAAGGGCAACCGCGUCAUGUUCGUCAAAACUUGCGGAGAGUAAGAGGUAGGCAGGCGUUACUUGAUUUGCUUAUGAGGGCUGAAAGAGACAGGCAACGGGAACUCCAGGGCUUGUUGGAGCAUCGUGCAGUGUCUGAUUUUGCUCACCGCAACCGGAUUCAGUCGCUUCUUAGAGGAAGAUUCUUGCGGAAUGAGCGACCUGCAGUUCCAGAGAGAACUCCAUCAAUGGCUUCAAGGGAACUUCUUCAGCUAAGAGAAAGACAAACUGUUUCUGGCUUGAGGGAAGGGUUCCAUAACGGGAGGGAAAGUAUUGUCCAUGAACAGAGUAGCAACACUGAUAGCGACAAUAAUUCCACAAAUGUUCUUGCAAUUGCUAUCACUGCUGAGAAUUCUCAGCGUAUAACCGAUGAUGAGAUUUCAACUUCUUCAGGACAAGGGAAUAAUAGUCCCGUUUUGCAUGAUGACUCGGAAAGCAACCUAACAAAUGCGGAUAGAGACUGGGAAGAGGAUACCAAUCAAAGAAGGAUCUGGCAGGAAGAUGUCACAGUAGAUGAGAGGCUAAAUUUGCAGGAAACAACGUUAACGCAAUUGAAUGGGUAUGAUAAUACAGAUACAAUAAACCAUGAUGAAACAUCGGUCACUGACAUUCACCGAGAAACCAGUGGAUUUACUGAUGAUGAAUAUCGCACACAAGAAGCCCAUGGCGUUUGGCAUGAGGAAAACUCUAGACAAUCUGAUGAGAACUGGCCUCAGACACGGCCAGAAUCCCUAAGGAGUCGCCGUGUAGUACAGUUGAGAAGACUGAAUAGGUUCCAUCCGCCUGAGGAUGACAAUGUUUACAGCAUGGAACUCAGGGAGCUUCUAAGCAGGAGAAGUGUUUCUAAUCUACUACAUAGUGGUUUCCGUGAAAGUCUGGAUCAACUGAUACAAUCAUAUGCUGAAAGGAGAGGACACACUCAUGUAGACUGGGAUCUGCACGGUACCCUGCAAACAGCAAUCCCAGAUUCUCUAGACCGUGACACAGACCACCCAGUAUUUGUACGGAACGAUAACCAGCUUAAUGUCACCAAUGGUACACAACUGCUUCCAACUCCACCUGCGCCUCCACCCCAGCCAAUAUGGCACCAAGAGUUGCAUCACACUAGUUGGUCUCGUCACACUAUGCAUCGGUCUGAAAUUGAAUGGGAGGUAAUGAACGACCUAAGAGGAGACGUGGCGAGACUGCAGCAAGGAAUGAGCCAGAUGCAGAGGAUGCUCGAAGCCUGCAUGGAUAUGCAGUUAGAGCUGCAGCGUUCGGUUAGACAAGAGGUCUCUGCAGCCUUAAAUCGACCUGCAGGUGACCAAGGUAUGAGCCCGGAAACAUCAGAGGAUGGAUCAAGAUGGAGCCAUGUAAGGAAAGGGACUUGUUGUGUUUGCUGUGACAACCACAUUGAUGCUCUCUUGUAUAGAUGUGGGCACAUGUGUACUUGCUCAAAAUGUGCUAACGAGCUUAUAAGGAACGGAGGGAAAUGUCCGUUGUGUAGAGCACCGAUUAUAGAGGUAAUCCGAGCCUACUCCAUUUUAUAAGCCUCUUCUAAAACACAUAUGGAGAUAAAGACAAUGCAAGGAGAGAAGAAAGGACCUGCAGCAUCAAGAAAUGUGUUUUUGGUUUUGGGGGUUCCUUAAUAAUUUAUGUAGUUGUAGUAUCUUAUUCAAAUCCAUAUUUGAUGUGUAUAGUCUAAUAUUAAAUUUACUUUAAAA